UAACCAACUGAGCCACCCAGGUGCCCCAAAGUGCAGGCUUUAAAGUUGACUGGCAGCUCAAAUGUACACAUAAGUCUUAUUGACUAUGAGCUGUAUAGAUGGGGAACAUUCAGUACUUUUAUUUUUAGGGCUUUCCCUUCAAGGGGAUUCUGCAGAAGAUUAUUUACUCAAUUUUGUGCUUGGAGGGUGAAGACUUUUCUGUCAGCAUUCGGGAAAUUAGACUGGUGAAAGGACUGGGAUCUCAGCAUCCAGUGUAGUUCAUUCAUGCUCCUGUGUUUGGUAUAGUACUGCAGCCCUCAGCUGGGCCUGACCUCCUCUUCAGACAUCCAGUCUUUGCCAGAGUUGGGAGGAGGAGUUUCCUAGCUGCACUCAGUGGAGUAGGGAGUCUCUGAAUCUAACUGCUUCUUAGAUCUUCAAUUCUUCUCUUGGCUUUCCCUGCUGCUAGUUUGUAAUUCAGUUUUCUCAGGUCUGCUAAAUGAUUUACCACUCGUGCAUCUGUUUUCCAGCUUCCAAUUACUAAUGUCUCCUCUCUUAUUCUCUAUUCUGGUGGGUUUGUUCCUUUUGAAAAAAAUUCUUUUGUGGUGGUUUUAGUAGUUUUUUGUGAAGGAACAAAAGUAGAUGCAUGUAUUCAGUCCACUAUCUUUGACUGAAGCCCACUAUUGUUUUUCAAAGGAAAUCUCUUAUGGCCCCGUGCUGCUGGCCUCUGUGGGACUCCAGUGUCCCACAUCCAGUGUCCCCCAUCUGGGGGAGAUCCGGGAACUCCCCUGUCUUGCCCAAGAGGCUGGUUUAAGGAGUUCCCAAGAACAUGCCUUUUAGAUGCCAGUUUAAGACACGCUACACUGACAGUUAAAUACCAUCAAUUUAGGUCACAGACUCAUAAAUACAUUUGAUUUGGCUUUCUCAGUAUUUUAAAAAUAAUUUAAAUCAGUUUCUCAAUUGUAAAAAUCUGGAGAUUGAAAUAAAAAUCCAAAUUCUGAGCUUCUUUCAAAAUCAGAUCUUAGGCCUGAAUUUCUGAACAGUGAUAACUGCCAAGACCUGGAAAGUUGCUGCGUCCUUUUAGAUGUGACAAGAUCUAUAGGUUGUCGUAGUUGUAUGCACCUACAGCACUGCUUGGUUCACAAUUUGAGUUUUGAGCCUUGCCUUAGUGCUACUGCAAAUGUACUCAGAAACAUAAAAUAGGCACUAGUAUCAUGCGGCAGUACUCAGUUAUGAAGAUAUCACUCAGAUAAUUCAAAUAUGACUAUGUUAACCUUUUAGGAUACCAACAAAAUGAAAACAGAACAUUUAAAAAUUCUUGUGGAGAACUCAUAGAUCCUUAAUAAUACGUCCUAAGAUCUCAGCCCAUAUUUCAAUUCUCUGAGAAAGUGUGUACUCCUAAUGCCAUCAACAUGUCCUGGGAAGACCUAGAGGUGUUCCUGGAUAAAAUCCUUUAAGGGAGGCACCUGUAAGUUCUGCUUCUUUCUAGAUAGUCUACAGCUGGACCCUUCCAUGCUAACUAGUUAUUUGGGCAGGUGCUAGAACUGCCUUCUCCUCUGCCCUGGAUUUUGGGGUUUAGUGCCUCUAUUUCUAGAUUAGUUUUAAGGGCUUUCAAGGCCUUUCUAUAACUUCUCAUGUACACUCAGUGGCUUUAGUGAGCUCACUGGAUGAUAAAAUCCUAGUGGCAUUGUUUCUGGGCUAAUCAGAAAAUACCAUGCACCACUGAUACAUGGUUAGCCAGCCCAGAAUUGUCUAUGGAAGUUUUCCCUCAAAAAUUUCAGUGGUUGACACAGAAGUGACUACGAACAGGAAGAGGACAAAAAAAAUAACCGUCCGCGACACCGAGCCGAACUGGACCAGCAGCCACCAUGAACAGCAAAGGUCAAUAUCCAAAGCAGCCAACCUACCCUGUGCAGCCUCCUGGGAAUCCCGUGUACCCUCAGACCUUGCAUCUUCCUCAGGCUCCACCCUAUACUGAUGCUCCACCUGCCUACUCCGAGCUCUAUCAUCCAAGCUUCGUGCACCCCGGGGCCGCCACAGUCCCCACCAUGUCUGCUGCAAUCCCUAUGGCUUAUUACCCAGUUGGUCCAAUCUAUCCACCUGGUUCAGCCAUGCUGGUGGAAGGAGGGUAUGAUGCAGGUGCCAGAUUUGGAGCUGGGGCUACUGCUGGCAACAUUCCUCCUCCACCCCCUGGAUGCCCUCCCAACGCCGCUCAGCUUGCAGUCAUGCAGGGAGCCAAUGUCCUCGUAACUCAGCAGAAGGGAAACUUCUUCAUGGGUGGCUCAGAUGGUGGCUACACCAUCUGGUGAAGAACUAAGGCCACCUCCGUGCCGGGAAAGACAUCACAUACCUUAAGCACUUCUCACAAAGUAACUGCUUUAGUCAUAUUAACCUGAAGUUGCAGUUUAGACACAUGUUGUUGGGGUGUCUUUCUGGUGCCCAAACUUUCAGGCACUUUUCAAACUUAAUAAGGAACCAUGUUAUGGUAGCAGUACCUUCUCAAAGCAUUUUGAGGUAGGGGAGGCAUCCAUUCAUAAAAUGAAUGUGGGUAAAGCAGCCCUGAGGAUCUUCCUUUAAUUCCUCUGGAGUACUACUGUACCAUACUGGUAUUCGCUCUUAGUAAUAAAACAUCAAAUUAGGUUUGGAGGGAACUUUGAUCUUCCUAAGAAUUAAAGUUGCCAAAUUAUUCUGAUUGGUUUUUAAUCUCCUUUAAGUCUUUGAUUUCUAUUACUUGUUAUAAAUGAAAUGUAUUAGUUGUCUGCCUCUCUCUCCUUUGCCCCAUGGCCCACCCUCACCCCUAGUCUUCCAGUUCCUUCCCGCCAAUCUCCAUUGAAUCAAUGGUGCAGGACAGAAAGCCAGUCAGACUAACUUCCUUCUCUCCUUGCACUUGUCCCCACUUGCCAUCUUUUAACUAGUCUUUUACAAGGAUCCUCUCAAACCCCCUCUGUGCCCCAAGCACAGGCCCCAUUACUUCUGCUUUUGCAUCUCCUCAGGCAAAAGUGGAGGGUGCCCCCUCGGACCCUCCUUACAUGUUGUUUCUUCGUCUGUGAACCAAACUCCAAUUUGCUUCGGUGCCAGAAAAACAGAGCUCUAUUUGAACCAAGGGUAUCAAUGCAAACUAUAAACAGGUUUGUUUAAAAAUGUGGGGGCAAGGAGGAGGAUGCAUUUCAAAAGCCUGAUGACAUUAGAGCCAAAUUAGGGGAAGUUUUCCCACCCAAAAACUGGUUACCGUUCAUUGUCAGAGUAUCUCAUGUAGGCCUUCAUGGCUCCCGAGAAUUCCUCAGCCGGUUUAAUGGGGUCAUAUUAUGAGUCCCUCACUACAAAAUGACUUGAGUCCAGUAAAAUCUCAUUAGGGUUAAGAAUAUUUCAGGGAUCCUUAAUAUUUUGAUUUUUGUUUUCUGAAAUUGGAUUUUAUUUAAAGAAAA